CUAAUAAACUUAACUACAAAUGAGUGGCAACUAUUAGAUCAUCUUAUCUUAUUACUAAAACUAUUUUAUGAAGCUACUACUUUAUUUUUUGGCUCAAAUUAUCCUACACUUAAUCUUAUUUAUCCAAUGAUGAGAUUGCUUAUUAAAAAGUUUAUGUUUUCUAAUGAGCAAACAGAGGAAGCUUAUGCUGAUUUUUUAUUUGAAUCUAGUGAACAAAUAAAUGACCAAAGUCAACUAAUAAAUGAUGAUAAGAGUUCUAAUAAAAAUUCUGAUAAAAGUUUUGAUGAUUCAGAUACAGAUUAUGAACCUGGAGAUGAAAAAAACAAGACUACAGAAGAAUCAAAAAAAAUACUUAUAAAAGUUUCUAAAGAAGUUGGACUUAUUGUAUCAUUUUUGAACCCACAGAUAAAAAACUUAAAAUUUAUUAAUGAUAUUAAUGUAAAGGAAAAUAUAAUAAGUGCAGUACAAAGACUUUGCAUUGAAACAGAAUAUCACAACUCUAUUCAAAAAAUUUUAAAAAAUGAUAAGUUUGUUGGAUCUUCUAGUAUGUUAACUUUUAAAUCCACAACAGAUAAUAAUUUGAUGACAGACUUAUAUAAUAAUGAAAAAUCAGAUAAAAUAAUUAAAGAGCCUAAAAGAGAUAAUAUGAAAAAGUAUCCUAUGUUAUCAAACUUGGCUCGAAAGUAUCUGUCAGCUCCAGCUAUAUCAGUUUCUUCUGAAUGCUUAUUUUCAGAUGCUAGCUUACAUAUUACA